AUGGCAGGAGGUUCCAUGUCGGGUACCGCUCUAUCAAUGCGAGCAGGAUCCUUCCAGUUCCAGGUUCCUCACAAAGGUCAGAUCCCCACUGAUCUACUCUUGCCAACAUCUUGUCAGAACUUCCGGUUUAGGGGAAAGUCAGAGAGGGAACUUCCGGUUUACGCCCGGGCCAGCACGCGCGUGGUUUCCCCUCAGCUUCCCUGUUCUGCACGGACAACGUCAUCCUUCCUGUUGACUCGAAAAAGAAACGGUGAUUCCCCCGCCGUGAGUGUACAAAACUCGCGAUCUCACGGCUGUUCACUAUUUCAAAGGUAUUUCCAGGUUGCGCAGGGAGUGCUACAGGGAGCCAUGUCUGGAAUAAGACUAUUGUUGCUUUUCGUGUGCGCUGUGUGUUUGACAAACGCCGUAUCAGGAGCGAAAGUGUGUUGGCGCAAAUUCGACCCUGCCACAAGAAGAUGUUCCGAGGAGAUAGAGGCGGAUGGAGAAUAUGGCAGUGCGGAGGAGUGCUGCGGUCUGGAGCCCUUGGCGCAGGGAUAUUCCAGGAACCUGAAAGGAAAAAGAUGCGUGCCGUGUGCAGAAAUCAGGGGUGAUGAUCAUGAGGGAAGGGAAGGUUGGACUGAGUGGGGAGGCUGGGAGGGCUGCACUACCACCUGCGGCCAGGGGUGGCACUUCAGGCGGAGGCGGUGUCUGGGCGACCCGGCCAACUGUGACGGUCCCGACACGCAGGUGCGACCAUGUGACCAGGAUCCAUGCCCAGUUGACGGUGGGUGGGGUGAGUGGGCGGAGUGGGGCCAGUGCAGUGUGUCCUGUGGGGCGGGGUUACACCAGAGGGUGCGGCUGUGCGACCGCCCCGCCGCCCAGUACGGAGGGAGGGACUGUGAUGGGGAACCACUACAGCUGCGCAGGUGCGACCAAGGACCAUGUCCGAUUCACGGCCAAUGGGGACCGUGGGGUCCGUUUGGCGCCUGCAGCGCCACCUGCGGCGAGUCUACGCGCAGCAGGAGGAGGGAAUGCGACAGUCCGCAGCCACAGUUCGGCGGACAGAACUGUGUAGGGAAGAAACGCGAUAGAGAGGCUUGCAACGUGGACCCGUGUCCUAUCGAUGGCGAGUGGGGACAGUGGGGCCGCUGGUCCAGCUGCAGUGUGACGUGCGGGACAGGGGUAGUAGAGCGCACGCGCCGCUGUGACAGUCCAGCCCCACAGUUCGGCGGACGGGAGUGUCCACCAAACGAUGGCGGGGAUUCACAGUUCAUGGAAUGCAAGAACACACGGGUGCCUAACUGCCCAGUUGACGGUGGCUGGUCGGACUGGUCUCAGUGGGGCCGCUGCUCGGCGAAGGCGUGUACGGGACAGGUGGGGUACCAGGUCCGCUCGCGCGCCUGCAGGAACCCCCGGCCCAAGUUCGGCGGGAAGUUCUGCAGGGGACAGCUCAUCGAGUCACGUGAUUGCAUCAACGUCAGGGGCUGCCCAGUGGACGGUGAGUGGGGUGAGUGGGGCCCCUGGGGCGCAUGCUCAGAGACGUGCGGCAGAAACAGCGUCCAGACGAGCAUGCGCAAAUGUGACAACCCAGAGCCGCAAAACGGAGGGAGUGAGUGCGAGGGACAGAACAGCAAGACACGACCGUGCCGAGGUCUCCCAGCAUGUCCGGCUGCAGUUGAUGGAGGAUGGAGCGAAUGGCGGCGGUGGGGGCCUUGCUCACAGACCUGUGGCAUAGCCUUCCAACAGCGCUUACGGAUCUGCAACAACCCAAUGCCGCAGCACGGGGGCCGAGACUGCUCCGGGUCGGCGGUGGGCCACAGACGAUGUCACGGUCUGCCGCUGCAGUGUCCGCCUGGAGAAGGUGGCGGAGGUGUUGUAGAGCCUGAAGGGUCUGGUUGUGAAGGGGAUGACGGAGAGGGCUGCGACCAGGAACAAGGCAGUGGCGACAUCCCUGGCUUCGGUGAAGAAGGAGAUGAUGAGGACAUGGUGGGCGGGAGCGGAAGUGGGGAUGGGGAGGAUGAUGCGAGAGAAGAGGAUGACAAUAGCGAAGAGGACAGAAGACCGGGCGUCGUUCACGGCCAGUGGAGCCGGUGGGGCGCGUGGGGCCCGUGUUCAACCACCUGCGGCCGGGGCAUCCAGCAGCGGACACGGCGGUGCGACAACCCUGCGCCGCAGAAUAACGGGGAGAAGUGCGCUGGACCUGCGGCGCAGCCUCGAGUCUGUCCCGGGACCAGGUCGUGUGACGCCGCCGCGAACGACGACGAGGACUAUGCGGAUGGCAGCGGGAGUGGAGACGGGGAGUAGCCAGCUGGAUCAUACCGAAGCAAGCAGCGUUUCAGUACCAAAUAAAGAAUUUAAACAUUAAUAUUGUGACGACGUACGAAGUGGAGAUUAUAAUGAUAUGCCGCACACAACUAUUGCAAAGAGGCAGAGCUGCAAAAUUUGUUGACGAUAGAAAAGGAUAUGGCUGAUAACUUUUGGGGUGCCUGAAAAGUACAAAAAUGGCUCUUGAUUUUUUCCAAGAACCUUGUCACAAGACAAUCAUUUAUGCAAAUUCCAUGACGUCGUGGUAUGGAAGUUAUGUUCAAAAGCUUUAAAAGUUGAAUCCUCAGUCACGUAGGUAGUUUCAGGGUGACAUGGGGGUUGAGAUGUAAUGAAUCGAUAGUUUUACGAACAUACAUCAAUUUGUACAUAUUAUUUGUAACAGUGGAGCUAGAAUCUAGGAAUGUUAUUUCUCCAAUGUCUCUCUUCCCUGCUGUCUCCCUUCCAGUAACAGCGUUAUGUUUUUAUGUUUUUUUUUUUUGUAUUACGCUGAUGUCAUUAUGUGCAAUGGCUCCGGUAACAGAAUUUAUUGAUUAUGUUAAUUUACUGCUUGUAGUGCCGUAAAUAGGUACAUCAGUCUUAGUCGUUUUUGGCGUAAAACUACAUGAUGUCUCUAUUAAUUAUCCAUUCUCAUUUGUUAGAACCACCCGGGGCCAGGUCGGGCUGUUUUUGGAAACGAAAAAUAGAAGCGUAUACGUAAAAAUAUAAUACCCACGACUAUUCUCUUUAGGCUUUACGUCUUGUGCAGUUUGGUGUCUUUUAUAUUUUCGUUCCCGAAAGCUGCCCGGCCAGGCACCGGUUUGGAAAUGCGAUUGGGCACAGGCGAUUGUAACCAAAGCAGUAUGAUUAUACAGUGUAACAUUGGGGAAUGAUACAUGCACCAUCAAACGUUCAAAUAGGAAAUGCUCAUGUCCUGAAAUUGGUGUCAGAGUAUAUAUAUGAGGAUACUGAAGUCAAGAAAUUCAAGGGAAAAUAAAAAUGUUUUGAUACGUUCAUGCAAGUUCUUUCAUCCUGGAGUCAAAACCAUCUUUAUGACAGGAGAGCUAGCACUAUCUUCAACAUAAAAGUUUAAUGAUUCCAAUAAUCAUAACCAUAUACACAUGUACUGCAUAAAGGAAUGUAUCCUCCAAAAGAGAGGGAUUAUAUAAAGACCUUCAAGAUAUAUUGUAAUAAAAAUCUCCACUAGGCAUCAUCAUCUCCAGGCUGACUGCAGUAGUACUCACAUGUAUGUACAAACUUGACCAAGAGUUUUAUACUGCCAGCCAUUUACAUUAGAAACCACAGCACCACUUUUAGCUCAUUGCACCAGGAUCAUGAUAUGGCAACCUCUUUUCCACAACAAAAUAUGUCUACAUCUAAAACCUGCACUGGCUCCCACUGUGUACUUAGGGACAGCGUUGGACCAAGCAGUCUAAUGUAUAUUUAUCCUGAUAUUCAAUCCACUGUGGCACAGUUGAAAAUGUAGUUUGCUACAUGAUCAUUGGCAAAAGAAGUCACAGCUAUAUGCUACAUCUUACAGGUCUGUACAGCAUAUAUAAGACAUUGUACAAACUGUUACUCACUGAUCAUGAAGACAGUAUCAUAGAUAACCUAGGGUUCCUAAACUGGUAGAGAUUUUAAGCAAAAAAAUGUAACAAGAUUUUAAGACCUAUGUCUAUGUCUUGUGUACUGCAUGCCCAAA